AUGGGUACUAUUGCCGCCUCCAUCACCAGCAUGAUUGCUUCCCUGGCAGUUGAGCGACAUGGCGUGCGUCUACAUGCAAUCGCUCAAAUAUCCGCUGUAUGUUUCAUGAGUGGUGGCUCAGCAUCUCUAGCCGCCAUGGCUCUUCGGAAUUGCAUCUUGGUGCCUUUGAUUCGAAUAUUCCUUAUCGGGUUCGUCCUUUCGAAUACCUGCGCACAGUUCACAUCAACGUUACUGCUAGCAGACCUUGAUGAAAGUCGCAUAAUCUCGUUUCCUAGGCACCCUUCUGAUGCAUAUCGCAGCCUACAAGUCGCCGACGAGAGUGACACGUAUAAUUUUGUGUCCAACCUCAGCUUUUGUCACUUUAGAAAAGACACCCCGAAUAUAACCUUAUGCGGCACUGCCCGAGUAGAUGGGCUCACACUAGAGGAUUCUCUUGGUGCAGAGCCUUCACGGGCUGGCACAGGUAACUUUUCCUGUUCGCUUUCGGGGUUUGCCAAACCAGAACAGGUUUGGCAGGUUUGUCCGCUGGAUGUCCGCGCCAACUGGACGAAAAUUGGCCACGGUCUUGAUACCUCUGGUGUACCCGCACUGCGCCGCAUGUUUUUGUUCUGGGAUGCGGGGAACUUCUUGGACAUGUAUAAGGAUCCCACGUCCUCCGGGAAUGAACGUAGCCGUCGUUUGCACAGGCGAGCUUUGAAUGGCACUGGCAAUAACACAGUCCAUUCUGUUCUAUCUAGCAAGGCAAAUAUGUGGUUGACGCAGACGUUCGAUGUCAUGAAGUUGGUCCAGUUAUUCAUGGAGGAGGCCAUGAACGUGGAUGCUGCUUCGAACUCAACGUCGCCUGAGGACCGUCAAAUUAUGCACAUCAGCUCGGCUAGCCUCAAAUCUUCUCUGAGUAACACUCGUAACAGAGUGACUUUGACAGAAUACAGCGAAGUUGAUGCAUUGGCUGAUGAUUGGCUCUACGGCCAGUCGCUCGACAGGCCGCUUUCGUUCUGCCUGAAUUGCGAACCCCACAAGAACAUGACACAAGCUCACUGA